UCCGGCUAAACAAACUGCAAAGAAGCACAAAGCCAUUGAGAAUUAAAUCCAUCAAGUUUACAGGCAUUUAUUACCACCUGGUUUAGAUUUAUUUAUGUGACAGCGGAGCCCACGGAAACUACUUAUAAAUUUGUCAAAAUGAAAUUGAAUAUUGAUGGUUUAUUGGUUUAUUUUCCCUAUGAUUAUAUAUAUCCAGAACAAUAUCUUUAUAUGCUGGAGUUGAAGAAAUCUAUUGAUGCUCAGGGUCAUUGUGCUCUGGAGAUGCCUUCAGGAACAGGUAAAACGGUCUCACUGCUCUCCCUAGUUGUCGCUUACAUGAAGGCUAAUCCAUUGGAAGUCACUAAACUUAUUUAUUGUUCAAGAACAGUACCAGAACUCGAAAAGGUUGUAGAAGAAUUAAGGAAUUUGAUGGCAUUUUAUGAGAAAGAAACUGGGCAGCCACAAGAAAUAUUAGGACUAGCUUUAAGUUCAAGAAAGAAUUUGUGUGUACAUCCCGAGGUUAGUCAGAAUAGAGAUGGUAAAACUGUAGAUGGACAAUGUCAUCAACUAACAGCUUCACACAUUCGACAACGAUAUAAACAUGAUCCAUCUAUACCCAUCUGUGAUUUUUACGAGGAAUUUGAUGCUCAUGGUAGAGACACGCCAUUACCUGCUGGUAUUUAUAGUUUAGAUGAUCUUAAAGAAUAUGGUAGAUUAAAGAAUUUCUGUCCUUAUUUUCUUGCUAGAUAUGCCCUCCUCCAUGCUAAUGUUAUAAUAUAUAGUUAUUAUUAUCUACUUGAUCCUAAAAUCGCUGAACAGGUGUCAAAAGAAUUAGCGAAGAAAUCUGUGGUUGUAUUUGAUGAGGCACAUAAUAUAGAUAAUGUGUGUAUUGAGUCAAUGAGUGUUAAAAUGUCUAAAAGAACUCUAGAAAGAUGUUCAGCAAAUAUUGAAACUUUAGACAGACAUAUAAAAAGAGUUAAAGAUGGUGAUGAGAAGAAGUUAAGAGAAGAAUAUCAUAGAAUGGUUGAAGGUUUACGUGAAGCUAACGAACAAAGAGAAACGGAUGUUAUACUUGCUAAUCCAGUUUUACCAGAUGAAAUCCUACAAGAGGCUGUCCCAGGCACCAUCCGAAAUGCAGAACAUUUUGUCAGUUUCAUGAAGCGAUUUUUAGAAUAUAUGAAAUCUAGACUACGGGUUCAACAUGUGGUUUCUGAAUCACCUCCGUCAUUUCUGAAAGACUGCGCUCAAAAAAUAUGUAUAGAUAGAAAACCAUUGAGAUUUUGUGCGGAGAGAUUAGCGUCGUUGAUGAGAACAUUAGAACUAACAGACUUACAUGAUUUUUCAGCUCUGACUUUACUCGUUAACUUUGCUACAUUAGUCAGUACAUACGCUAAAGGUUUUAUGUUAAUAAUUGAACCGUUUGAUGAUAGAACACCAACCAUAUCAAAUCCUGUGCUAUAUUUUAGUUGUAUGGAUGCUUCUAUUGCCAUUAAACCUGUCUUUGAUAGAUUUCAAACAGUUGUUAUUACAUCUGGUACUCUUUCUCCAUUAGAUAUGUAUCCCAAGAUUCUUGAUUUCCGUCCAGUUACUAUGGCAACCUUUACAAUGACUCUAGCCAGAAUUUGUAUAUGUCCUAUGAUUGUUAGUAAAGGUAAUGAUCAAGUUGCUAUGUCAUCAAAAUUUGAAGUUCGAGAAGAUGUAGCUGUGAUAAGAAACUACGGAACUUUACUGGUAGAUAUGUGUGGAACAGUACCCGAUGGAAUUGUUUGUUUCUUCACAAGUUACGUUUAUAUGGUUCGUAUAUUUUAA